CCCAAAAAAAAAUAAAAAAUAAAAAAAAUCAGAGGAUGGCUUUAACAACAUCGCUGACAGCGUCGAUGUCGGUGACGUCGCUGCGGGAGAGCAGAGUAUUGAAGACGACGACGUAUAGGAGAAAGCAGCGAGUAAAGCAGCAGCAGCAACCACAACGACGCGUGCAGGCUUUUUUUGGUAACUUUAGUCAUUUCGGUGAUGUUGUACGUAGAGACAUGGAUUUCUUGAAGACAGGAGUUCAAAGAGGAGUGGAGUGGGCGAACGAAACGUUUCGGAUUCCUCAGGCUAAGAAAGCCGUUGACGACGUCGUUUGGCUUCGGAAUCUCGAGGAUCCUAACUUCUCUCCGCCUGCGCAACCACCGUUGUGGCCUCAACCUUAUUAUCCAGCACUGUCUGGUAUGGAUUUGAUGAUGGCUGAUCUUAAAGCAUUGGAAGCUUAUGUCAGUUAUUUCUACUACCAGUCAAAAAAAUGGUCAAAGCCACUUCCAGAAGCUUAUGAUGCGGAAGAAGUAACUGAUUAUUUCAGUCACCGGCCCCAUGUAGUGGCUUUUCGACUUCUCGAGGUUUUCUCAUCCUUUGCCUCUGCUGCAAUUAGAAUUCGAAUGGCUGGGCUCAAAAAGUCCUUAAGACCUGGUUCAUCUAAAGAUAUUGAUGAGAACUUAUCGCAGUACAACUUUGGGAUGGUGUUAAAGGAAACAAUGCUAAGCCUUGGUCCCACUUUUAUCAAAGUUGGCCAGUCUCUUUCCACAAGACCAGAUAUUAUUGGUCCUGAAAUUUCCAAGGCUUUGUCUGAGCUACACGAUCAAAUACCUCCCUUUCCAAGACCUCUGGCUGUGAAAAUUAUUGAGGAGGAAUUAGGUUCUCCUAUUGGGUCAUUCUUCAGCUACAUCUCUGAGGAACCAGUAGCUGCAGCAUCAUUUGGUCAGGUCUACCGUGGGUGUACACUGGAUGGUUCUGAUGUUGCUGUGAAAGUGCAACGUCCUAAUUUGCGCCAUGUGGUAGUGCGAGAUGUUUAUAUUUUACGUCUUGGGCUCGGGCUUUUGCAAAAGAUUGCAAAGAGAAAAAGCGAUCCUCGUCUAUAUGCUGAUGAGCUUGGCAAAGGUUUAGUUGGGGAACUUGAUUACACUUUGGAGGCUGCUAAUGCUUCUCAGUUUCUGGAUGCUCAUUCUCACUUUUCGUUUAUGCAAGUUCCAAAAGUAUUUCAACAUUUAACCAGGAAGAGAGUUUUGACAAUGGAGUGGAUGGUUGGUGAGAGUUCAACUGAUUUACUCUCUAUUACUACGAGCAGCUCCAUCAAGCACGGGUCCAAAUAUUUAGAGAGGCAGAAAGUUGAUGCAAAAAGGCGUCUUCUUGACCUAGUUAACAAAGGAGUGGAGGCAUCACUUACUCAACUCCUUGAAACAGGCAUGUUGCAUGCUGAUCCACAUCCUGGAAACUUGCGUUACACGGCAUCAGGACGGAUAGGGUUUUUGGACUUUGGUUUGCUUUGUCGAAUGGAAAAGAAACAUCAAUUUGCAAUGCUAGCAUCCAUAGUGCACAUAGUAAAUGGUGAUUGGUCAUCCCUUCUUCAAGCUCUGACUGAAAUGGAUGUUGUAAGGCCAGGAACUAAUAUCCGACGUGUUACAAUGGAUCUGGAGGAUGCCCUUGGGGAGGUAGAAUUAAAAGACGGGAUUCCUGAUAUCAAGUUCAGUAGGGUUUUGGGCAAAAUAUGGUCUGUAGCUCUCAAAUAUCAUUUCCGCAUGCCUCCAUACUACACGCUAGUCCUACGUUCUCUUGCGUCCUUGGAGGGUUUGGCUGUAGCUGCAGAUCCAAGUUUUAAGACAUUUGAGGCAGCUUAUCCUUUUGUUGUCCGCAAACUUCUAACUGAAAAUUCAGCUGAAACAAGGAAAAUUUUACAUUCGGUGGUUUUGAACAGAAAGAAGGAAUUUCGGUGGGAGAGGCUGGCACUUUUCAUGAGAGUCGGUGCAACUGGAAGGAGUUUGCAGUUGGUGGAAGCUUCAAGUGGUGAAACUUCCCUAGAUAAUUUACCUAGUAGGACUGAUGGUGUGUUUGACGUUGCAUAUUUGUUGCUAAGGCUUUUACCAUCUAAAGACGGUGUGGUACUAAGAAGACUUAUAAUGACUGCGGAUGGAGCUUCAUUAGUACGAGCUGCAGUUUCCAAAGAAGCAAAGGCCUUCCGAUUCCAACUGUGCAAAAUCAUUGCUGAUAUCCUAUACCAACGGAUGGUCAAAGCUCUUGGGCAACUCGUGCCAGUUAGUCAGUAUAGUUACAAGUUACGGCUGGCCGGUGGGCAGCAGAAUACAGAGCUACACCCAUCUGCGAGAUUAUCCGCAAGUUCAACCGUCUAUGACUACCAGUCCCUUUUAAGCGACCGACGACUGAAGCUAAUCUUAUCCAAGAUCCUCAAUUCCGCCAGAAAGGAACCAGCAUUGAUGUUACGGUUUUACUGGGUUUCAUUUGUCACAUUCAUCGCUGCUUCAGCCCUGGCUUUUCAUCGGCUUUUAAUCUCUUUGUCAGCAGCGUACAUUGGCCCAGCAUCAUUCAUUCCCAAAAGAUUUGCAAUCAGUGCAUGAAACUUUAGUAGAACCCUGCAGUGAGCCUAUUCUUUUUCCAUAAAAAAUUUUCUUCAAGCAGCCAUGGCCCAUGGGUAUAUGUUUGGGAGACGGUAGCUAUAUGGUAUUUCUGGGAUGAGUUUGUCUUCUUUAGUGAUAUAUGUAUAUAAAAUAUCACUGUUUAAAAGCUUUGAAAGACAUCAAAUGGGGAGAAUUUAACGCCUUGAGGCCAGUGCUCCUGCAGCGAUGUAAACCAUAUCAUGCAAUAUGAAGGCAGCAGGCAGUCUACGUGACUGUGGAUACCUCAAAGCUGACAGGGAACAUUUUUGUGUAUAGAAUUGUACGUCUAAUACCUAAAUGUAAGUACUCAAUAACUUUAAGUUUCACCAUUCAAUUCAAUUCAUAUAUAUUAUUUUACUGUAA